GUUGCAGUCUUUCCGCGUCUGUCCGGAAGGAACACUCAAUUCCGUCUUCGGAAAGAAAAAACACGCAGACAAGUGAGAGCAAGAAUCAAUCGAGGGGACCGAAAAAAAAAACUCCACGCUGCAAAACUCUUCCCAGCAGGACGCGAUCAGAGUCGGUAAUACUAGGCAAAAGCUUUUCGCAUCCUCUCUCCGCAUCGUCUAUCGAUCGCAACACAACUGCAGAAAGGUUCUAGUUUCCGCUCUGCAAUCAAUGAUCAAGAUUUCGUGAAACCUUUGUUCGCGAGUCUCCAAUCCCUAUCUCUCCCUCACCUUCACCCCUCCUACUGUUUGACAUCCUCCCCGCGUCACGAUGGAUCCCAGAUCUCAUCCGUCACGGCCCCCAUCCACCAGCCUGCCCCAGGGCUCCACGCCUCUUUCCUCGACACCUAUCUCGAGCAUGCCAAUGCCUCAGUACGCCAUGCAGCAUCAGUACCCAGUGUCCCAGGCGCAUACUCUUCCCCCGCUCCAACCUCAUCACUCCCAGUCUCCUGCCCCUCACUACAUGGGCCAGCCUUACAGACCGGACCUCUCGAGAUAUCCUGCGUCCACUCACGAUGUCUACGCGACUUCUGCGGCUCCCAUAAUGCCCCAUACAACCGUGGGUAGCCUGCCCCCGUCUUCGUUCCUCUCCCAUCCCAACCCGCAGGCCCAACCCCAGCCGUCGCAACCUUACCCUCCUCCACACAGCGUGCUCCCGCCUGCGUCGAGCGCUCAGUCCUAUCCUCAGCCAAUUGCGCCGGCCCCGCCCCGUGACCGUCGCUCAGACUAUUCCGCGCUCCCGUCUGGUGCUUUCAGCUAUUCGGAUGCUAAGGGCUCGCCUUGGAUGAAUCAGGAUCCGGUGGCCGGUCCUAACGGUGCUGCGCCUUAUGCCGCGAAGGAGCCUCCUCGCACUCAGGUUGUUGGCUCUCAAGGCCGUCGUGGUAUUCUCCCGAGCGUUCCGGGACGCGCGACUCCGGUCACCAACGGCGUCAAUGGAACUGCCAAGAACACUACAAUCCCCGCCAAGGAUGCUGAUGGAAAAUUUCCGUGCCCGCACUGCAACAAGACGUAUCUUCAUGCUAAGCACCUGAAGCGUCAUCUGCUCAGACACACGGGUGAUCGCCCUUACAUGUGUGUUCUUUGCAAAGACACUUUCUCCCGAAGUGAUAUUCUGAAACGCCACUUCCAGAAGUGCUCGCUGAGACGUGGUAACCCCACGGGAGCGACUCAUUUGUCGCAUCCCCAGGCGCAUUUGAAGAGAUCCCAAGCCGCGGCAAACGCUGUCAAACCUGUUCAGGAGGAAGUCAACAGUCCCAUCCCGCCCCCCAACGGUCUUCCGGGUGGGACAUAUCCUGAAGGGGCUGUCAACGGGAAUGGAAUGGCUCCCGCCCGUCCAGGUUACACUGAGCAGCAGCCCAUGGGUUUCUCCAUGUCGUCUGUGAAUGGGAUGAACCGCGGUCCUCCCGAAGACGCCUACCCCGCUGGUCAGCCUCAACAGAGAGGGCCCUGGCUUGCCGCUCCUAAGCAGAGCCCGUACCUUGUUCAGCCUGGAGCUGAUGCAUCUGGCCAGCAGCUGAAUGUUGACCGUCCUCCCCUUGAGCAGGUAAAGCCCCCGAUUGUUCAAGAUCCUAAGCGCCCUGUCAUGCCUGGCCCUACCCCCAAUCAUGCUGGCGAAAUUGACUGGACUUCGAUGUUUCAGCCCGGAGGUUCCGACGGUUACAUCAACCAAGUCUUCCCUCAACAUACCAUGGCCGCGGGCCAGGAGCCCAUCCACGCUCACGUCGAUGCCGAGCGCAAGUUCUACCCUACCACCACCGCUGCUGGUCCCCAAGAAGGUGGCAUGAACGGACUUUAUCUGGCCUCGACCAUGAGUGGCGACGGUACGGUUCAACCUGCCCGCCAGUAGUUGCGAGUAAAAGAGGGUCGAUGUCUGUCUCUUGACCACGCUGAGCUCAACAAUCAACAAUUGGCGCGAAAAGUCUCUCAGACUCAAAGUACGAUAUCACACUGUCUCCCAUC